UUUUUUUUUUUUAAGUUCUGCUUUUUGUAAGCAGGAUAUAGAGGGGAAAGUGAGAACUCAAAAGAGACAAAAGCUAAGUACAGAGAAUAAGGGUGUGAGGACUCACACGAGAUCUGCUAGCUCUUCUCAAGGAAAUAAACUGGUGAAUGCUAUGUCUGUCAGAAGACAGGUCCCUCAAAAAAGAACUGCCUUCUAAGACCUCUUGCCUUCAUUGUAACCAGUGAGAACACUGGAGGACUUACUGCUCCCAAAGACUGAUGGGCCAGUGGGCCAGAUCCCAAAUGUUGUCCCUGGAAUGAGAGAGAAAGCCCUUGGCCCCAGUUGGCAUCUGACUUGACCAUCCGUAUCAGUAUUACAGAGUCUUGGGUUGGUGACAAUUUGGAACAGCUCACUGGACCUGACACAGUCCGUCCAUCCCCUGUGCUUUCCACACAUCUAUAAACCUGAACACUUGAGAAGCUGAGGCAGGAUGCUGUGAAUUCGAGUCCAGCCCGGCCUACGAAGCGAGACACUUCUCAAAAAAGUGGGAGCUUCAGAGAGCAGUCAUGUCCGUCCUGUACCCAUCUCUGGAGGACCUGAAGGUGGGCCAAGUCAUCCAGGCCCAGGCCAGAGCCUCACCCAUGAUGCCCACCCUGUCGGCCCCGAUGGCUUCUGCACCCCCACUUUCAGAGUUGUAUCCAAACUUGGCAGAACUGGAGAGUUACAUGGGGCUGUCCCUCUCUAGCCAAGAAGUUCAGAAGGACCUGCCUCAGAUUCCAGAUGGUGACAAUACCAUGGUCACUAGCCCUGGGCCUGGCCAGGUGGUAGCACCUGUAUCUGGAAACAACCUGGGUGUGCUGCGUGCAGAGAUCAAGCCUGGGGUGCGUGAAAUCCACCUGUGCAAGGAUGAGCGUGGCAAGACCGGACUGCGCCUGCAGGCUGUGGACAAGGGGCUCUUUGUACAGCUGGUCCAGGCCAACACCCCUGCAUCCCUUGUGGGGCUGCGCUUUGGGGACCAGAUCCUGCAGAUUGACGGGUGUGACUGUGCCGGGUGGAGCACACACAAAGCUCACAAAGCAUUGAAGAAGGCAUCCGCGGAGAAGAUCGUCAUGGUUGUCCGGGACAGGCCACUCCAGCGGACUGUCACUAUGCACAAGGACAGCUCAGGCCAAGUUGGCUUCUUCAUCAAGAAGGGGAAGAUUGUGUCUGUGGUAAAGGGAAGCUCUGCAGCCCGGAAUGGACUGCUCACCAACCACUACGUGUGUGAGGUGAACGGACAGAACGUCAUCGGGCUAAAGGACAAAAUGAUUACAGAGAUUCUCACCACAGCUGGCAAUGUCAUCACACUGACCAUCAUUCCCACUGUGAUCUACGAGCACAUGAUCAAAAAGUUGUCCCCACUGCUGCUUCAGCACACCAUGGAUCAUUCGGUUCCAGACAUCUAAAGCUACAGGAGGGCAGCUCAGCCUCCCCCCUCCCCCCACCCA